UUCUUCACGAUCUUUCAGUCUCAAGAGGUCGUUCAUCAAGACAAGACCUCUCUAGUGUAGCGCCAGUUUGUAAAAAAUACACCACAGAACAUACAAAUCACAGAAAUCGUCAUGAAAUUAUUCGUAUUGGCUGCGGUGGCCAUUUUGGCAACAGGAGCAAGCGGUCAAAGUCAAGCCUACAAAUGUCCAGCGAAAGAUGGACAAUACGAAGACUCACGUCAGUGUGACAAAUACUGGGAGUGUGUGGAAGGAGAAGCGAAACCAAAACUUUGUCCAGAUGGUUUAGUUUUCGACCCAUUGAUCAGGAAAAGGAACAAGUGUGACCAACCUUUCAAUGUUGAAUGUGGAGACAGAACUGAAUUACAGGCUCCACAACCUAAAGGACCAUGCCCCAGGAGAAACGGAUUCUUUGCCCAUGAAGAUCUGACUGUCUGCAACAAAUUCUACAACUGCAUCGAAGGGGACUACACCGAAAUCACCUGCACAAACGGUCUACACUUCGAUGAAUACUCCGGAACUUGUGUAUGGCCUGACUCUGCUGGCAGACAAGGAUGCAAAGAUAACGCUAAUGUUUUGAAGGAUGGAUUCUCCUGUCCAAAAGAAACUCAGAAAGAUGCCAAUGGUAAUCUUGUAGUGCACCCUAAAUUUGCCCAUCCUACAGACUGUCAAAGGUUCUAUGUUUGCCUUAAUGGUGUAGAGCCAAGAGACUUGGGAUGCCAAGUUGGAGAGGUUUACAAUGAAGAAAGUCAAAGGUGUGAUGCCCCAGAAAAUGUACAAGGAUGUGAGGACUGGUAUAAAGAUGACCCAGCUGCAGCAUCCAAGCCAACCAAAAAGGCCUAAAAAAUAAGUGAUACUAGGUUUUUAAUUUUAAUUUUAUAUACAUAUUGUUUACAAUCAAAAUAUACUUUUAUUUAUUAUUUUUGUAAAAAAAUUGCCACAAACUGAAAAUCAAGCUAGUUGUUAUAUAGAACUUUUUUAUAUUUUUCAUCAAAAUUUUUAUUCUUUUUUUGUAUACUUUGUCUCCCUUUGUUAUUCCUUUUUGUUUUCUUAUUUUAUCAGUUUAUCAUUUUCUUCUACUUUGUAAUACUCAUGUUGUUUCAGAAAAUUUUAUAGUGUAUUAUGUAUAAGUCCUAAGAACUGAUUUUUUACUCUGUGUGAGUGUGUACAUAUUAAAUUAAUGUACGAAAUUGAAACGAAAUAAAUUAAAUAAAAAUAAA